AGCCUCCAUUUUGUAUCUCAAGAUGGGUAUUUAACCUGGGUCAUUAAAAUACAUUUUAAUUUCUAUUUUAAAUCUGUGUCUUGGUCAAUUUAUCUUGUAUUUUACUGUGUCUUUUGAAAUCUUUUUGUAACCCUAUCUAAUGGACAUAGACAUGGAACAACUGGUUGAUCUAUGCCUCAACAAGAUGCCCGUAGGAAAGGUCAGCAAUGGAGUAAUCAAGGCUGUUGGCGGAGGAGCUUCCGGAGGUACUACUGUUGUUGGUGGUAUUACUGCUGCUGGUGGAAACGGUGGUGGUGGUGGCGGUGAUUCUAUCGAUGUUACUGGUACUGGUGGACCUGGAGCUGUUGGUACUAUUGGUGGUGGAGGUAAUGGAAACGCCUGUGGUAAUGGAAACAGUGGAAGCAAUGGCAAUGGAAGAGGUAAUAAUAAUAAUAACAACAACAACAGCAACAGUAACAGCAACAACAAUAAUAAUAACAAUAAUAAUAAUAAUAAUAAUAAUAACAAUAAUAAUAACAACAACAACAAUAAUAACAACAACAACAACAACAACAAUAAUAAUAACAAUAAUAACAACGGCCAAGAGGGUAUUGUGUUACCAGAUCCAGCAUUUAUCUGCCCACGACGACCUAAUAUUGGAACUGAAGGAAGACCACUUCUUUUGCGAGCGAAUCAUUAUCAGAUAACCAUGCCUCGAGGAUUUCUGCACCAUUACGAUGUCACAAUUUCACCUGAUAAGUGUCCACGUAAAAUUAAUCGUGAAAUCAUUCAAAUUAUGGUCCAAUCAUACUCAAAGUUGUUCGGAAAUCAGAAACCCGUUUUUGACGGUCGUAAAAAUAUGUAUACCUCAGAUGAUCUACCUAUUGGUAGGGAUAAAAUUGAACUAGAAGUCAUCCUUCCUGGUGAAGGUAAAGACAGGCUCUUCAGAGUCGCCAUUAAAUGGGUUAAUCAAGUUAACCUAGAUCAUUUAGAACGAGCCCUCGAGGGUGAAAAUAGAUAUAUUCCAAUGGACGCCAUUCAAGCUUUAGACGUGGUUAUGCGACACCUUCCAUCAAUGGUCUACACACCAGUAGGACGAUCAUUUUUUUCAACUCCAGAUGGUUAUUAUCAUCCACUUGGUGGUGGACGUGAAGUUUGGUUUGGAUUUCAUCAGAGUGUCCGGCCUUCUCAUUGGCGAAUGACAUUGAACAUUGAUGUCUCUGCAACUGCUUUUUACAAAGCUCAACCAGUCAUUGAUUUUGCCUGUGAAGUCUUGGACUUGAGAGAUAUUAAUGAACAAAAGAAACCUUUCACCGAUUCUCAGCGAGUCAAAUUUACCAAAGAAAUUAAAGGUCUCAAGAUAGAAAUUACCCAUUGCGGUUCCAUGAGACGAAAAUAUCGAGUUUGCAAUGUUACUCGACGACCAUCUCAACUUCAAUCUUUCCCUCUUCAAUUGGACAAUGGCCAAACAAUUGAAUGUACUGUUGCCAAAUACUUUUUUGAAAAAUACAAGAUGAAAUUGAGGUUCCCUCAUCUUCCUUGCCUACAAGUAGGUCAAGAGCACAAGCAUACUUACUUGCCUUUAGAGGUAUGCAACAUUGUUGCUGGUCAGAGAUGCAUCAAGAAACUCACAGAUAUGCAAACAUCAACCAUGAUAAAGGCAACCGCUCGUUCAGCACCUGACAGAGAAAGAGAGAUUAACAAUUUAGUAGUUAAAGCUGACUUCAAUCAUGAUCCUUAUAUUAAAGAAUUUGGAUUGUCUAUUUCUAAUACUAUGAUGGAAGUUAAAGGUCGAGUUUUACCUCCACCAAAACUUCAGUAUGGCGGUCGAACCAAACAACAAGCACUCCCUAACAGUGGUGUCUGGGAUAUGCGAGGAAAACAAUUUCACACUGGAGUUGAGAUUCGUGUUUGGGCGAUUGCUUGCUUCGCUCCACAAAGGACAUGCCGGGAAGAUGCCCUUCGUACUUUUAUCGGACAAUUACAAAAAAUAUCUAAUGACGCAGGAAUGCCUAUCCUUGGUCAGCCUUGUUUCUGCAAGUAUGCCACUGGAUCAGAUCAAGUUGAACCAAUGUUUCGCUAUCUGAAGGCCACCUUUAUUGGUAUUCAACUAAUUGUUGUUGUUUUACCUGGUAAAACUCCAGUUUACGCUGAAGUAAAAAGAGUUGGUGAUACCGUCCUUGGUAUGGCAACUCAAUGUGUUCAAGCCAAAAAUGUCAACAAAACAUCACCUCAAACUUUAUCUAACCUUUGCCUAAAAAUUAAUGUAAAACUCGGAGGAAUCAAUAGUAUUCUUGUACCUAGUGUUAGACCAAAGGUGUUCAAUGAGCCUGUGAUAUUCUUGGGAGCGGAUGUCACACACCCUCCUGCUGGUGAUAAUAAAAAGCCCUCCAUAGCUGCAGUAGUUGGUUCUAUGGAUGCUCAUCCUUCUCGAUAUUCAGCAACCGUUCGUGUUCAACAGCACCGUCAAGAAAUUAUCCAAGACCUAGCUAGCAUGGUCAAAGAAUUGAUGAUUCAAUUUUACAAGUGUACUCGUUACAAACCAGUUCGAAUUAUUUUCUAUCGAGAUGGAGUUUCUGAAGGUCAAUUCCCAGCCGUCCUUAACACUGAGCUUCUGGCCCUACGGAAAGCUUGUAUGAUGCUUGAAGAUGACUAUUACCCAGGUAUUACUUUUAUUGCAGUACAAAAACGUCAUCAUACAAGACUAUUCUGUGCCGAUAAAAGAGAACAAGUCGGGAGAAGCGGCAAUAUUCCCGCAGGAACCACGGUUGAUGUUGGCAUUACUCACCCAACUGAAUUUGACUUCUAUCUUUGCUCUCAUGCUGGUAUUCAGGGAACCAGUCGUCCAUCUCAUUAUCAUGUUCUUUGGGAUGAUAACCACUUUUCUGCUGAUGAGCUUCAAUGUCUAACUUAUCAACUUUGUCAUACUUAUGUUCGCUGCACACGCUCAGUAUCAAUCCCAGCUCCCGCCUAUUAUGCUCACCUUGUAGCUUUUCGAGCACGUUAUCAUCUAGUUGAAAAGGAAAAUGAUAGGGUCAGCCAACUGGAAACCGAAAGUCAAUCUGGCCUUACAGGCGAUCUUACCGAGUUCAGCGGUGAUGGUAGUCACCAGUCAAACGGUAAUGACAGGACUCAAACAGCAUUAGCUCGAGCUGUAACAAUCCAUCCUGAUACCAAAAAAGUUAUGUACUUUGCUUAAGGAGUCUGACUUUUCGCAGUUGGAACAAAAUUAGAAAAAUAAAACUGCAAAAAAACCAUAGAAUCAUUCGAGGGGGUUUAAAAAUGAAUAUGCUCGGGAUGGAUGUCGACCUUUAUAGCCAGCACAUGGAUUAAAUUCACCAUUACUCAAGGCCUGCACGCUGACAAAAAAAAAGUUUAACCUAAAUGCACAUCAAACUCAACUUCCACUUCAAGUCUUUACAAUGUGCUUUCUUUCUCGCUGUCUUUAAUCUUCUAUGCUAUUGCUAUCGAUAAUGAUAUUGCUACCUAUCCUCAUAUGCAUAUAUAUAUAUUGUCUGUCUCUUGCAUCUUCGUCAUCCUCUUAUCUUCUCACUCUAACUGUAUUAUUUCUUCUAAUUUGUCAAGUCUUUCUCCCCUUCCCUUAGCUCUCUAAUUUACUUUAAACCCUUUUUUUCGUAAUUCCUUAACAUAAUUUUUAAUGACUCAGGCUCUAUUCAUCCCUCUUUUACUUCCAAUCUUGUCUUGCCUGAUCAUUGAAGGAAGACAAUUUUUAGUCAUACUCUUUUUCUCUUCAUUUCUUCCCUUUCUUUGCCUGACAUCAAUAACUUUAAUUUUUUGCUAUUAUCGUUUUUGAAUCAUACAUUACAAACACACAAAAAAACCAAACACCCAAACACAAUUGAAUCUAUUAUAGAUUAUGAUUUGAUUUUGAACGCCUAACUGGUAAAAUGUGGUAAAGGAAGGAAAACAAACAACACUAAGGAAAAAAACCUCUUUGCCAUAAAUUCAACUAGAAACGUUCCAUAUUUUGUUGAGGUGACGGCACAUGCAUAACAUCCGUUCCAAAGAUCCCGAUAAACUAAUCAAUCGAUGAAUGGUGACAACAUUCCGGAUUUUAACUUCAUCAAUUAUUGAAAAAAGUCUUCCCAACUUUGAGCACUAAUCUCUCCUAUUUUACCUCAGUAUAAUUUUGCUUUUCAAAAUCAUCAUCACCCUGCUUGUUCCUCCAUUUAAUUAUUGUCAUCUCUUUAUUAUAAUCAAAUUUUUUUUGUCAUUUAUUUCCCUCAUUAUUUUGACCCCUUUACUGGGCAUGAUUAUACAAGCUGAUCAAUGACACACAAUCGCUCAAGACCUUUCCCUUUACCCACCAACAAAAAACUGCUGCUUGUUUUUUCUUGAAACAUUUUUCUUCCUUGUGACAGUUUUUAUUUUGAUGUUUUCACUUCUUGUAAUGAAACUUGCCAUCACCACAAGACCUGCACCACCUCCAUUAGCAAUCAACAACGAAAGAGAAACAUCAAAUUUGACCAAACUGUGCUCACAUCUAAUCAAUUGAACGCAAAACCAGCCUAUCAUCAUCAUCAUCAUCACUUAACAAAACAACAAACAUUGUUACUACAAAAUUAACAACAUGUAAAAUUGCCUGUCACAAAAUGAAUGAAGCGUUUUUUUUCAAACUCUUAAUUAUUUACAAUCUUGUGAUUUCUUCUUGGUUGAAUGUCUUUAUUGCAUUAAUAAGGGCAACCCCAAGUAUGAAACUUGCAAUGUAUAUGCCGUCAUAGUAAACCCAAUAGCGAUGUUAAAUUGAGUUUCAA